AUGCGUUUCGAAGAUCAACAAACAGGCAGGUGGCAGCACGUCCAAAAUCAGAAAUACUCUGCCAUGUCCAAUUUCAAGAAAACCACCUUAGCUGGCGGUGGCCGCAAAAAAACAGGCCCAAAGCCUGAACUAACAGAGGAACAAAAGCAAGAGAUCAGAGAAGCAUUUGAUCUCUUUGAUGCAGAUGGCUCAGGAACAAUUGAUGCAAAAGAACUUAAGGUUGCCAUGAGGGCUUUAGGCUUUGAGCCCAAAAAAGAAGAAAUCAAAAAGUUAAUAGCAGAAAUAGAUAAAGAAUGUACAGGUACAAUAGACUUUAAUGACUUUUUGACAUUAAUGACCCACAAAAUGUGUGAGAAAGACUCAAGGGAAGAAAUUAUGAAGGCAUUCCGUUUAUUUGAUGAUGAUGAAACUGGUAAAAUUUCUUUCCGCAAUCUCAAGAGGGUGGCAAAGGAAUUAGGAGAAAACAUGACAGACGAAGAGCUUCAGGAAAUGAUUGAUGAGGCAGACAGAGAUGGUGAUGGUGAGAUCAACCAAGAAGAGUUUUUGAGGAUCAUGAAAAAAACAAGUUUAUAUUGAUUCUGUCUCUCAGCUCUAACCUUAUUUGAACUUGUAAAUAAAUAUUUAAAAACCAUGAUAAUAUUAACACCUCCCUCCCCCACCGUUGUAAAAAAAAAUCUUCUGUUAUUUUGUAAUAGAGUGGCCUUGUUUUGAAUUUUCUUUUUAAAUUUAUAAUUCUGCUUCGGAGUAUGUAGAGUAUAUGACAGUUACCUAAAAGUAUCCUGAACUGCAGCUUUUGAGGUUUUAUGAGUGGUGAUAAUGCAGAAUCUCAUGCAAAUAGUGAAUGUACAGUAGAUUGUUUUAAAAACAUGUUUAAAAUGUUUUUUCUUUUUAAACUGGCCACUGUAAUAGAACUAUCAGUUUAUUUUCAUUAGAAGAAAUACAUUUUAAUAAGAAAAUGGCAUCCUACAAUGUAUACUUUUUAGAUUUUUAUCUGUGCUAGAAUACUUUUAUUUGAGAUUCAAGAAUUUCAGGAUAGGUUUUUCUUAAUGUUCCUUGAGUAAACAAAAUUUAAUACAUCAAUGUUUAGUGAAUUCUAGUACUGUAGUUCACACAUUCAAAAUUUUGUCGUGUGGUACAUGUUUUCAUCAUAAAAGUCAAGAUAACAUUCCUUAUGCUCUGUUUUCCUUUUUCAAAAUUGUUUUCUGGCAUUCCUAAGUUUACACUAGUUUUAAUAAAAUAGUUAAAAGUAUUAUUUAAAUGAUACUUGUGCUCCAAAAAAUAUAAAUGUGGUGUCAAAUUAAGUACUUUAAGUGUAAAUUUUGUUUUAGUCAUAUGAAUAUUCAGAAAUUAUGAUUGUUAACUACUGAGAAAACAGUUUAAAAACUUAAGUUAAAAGAUGAUAAAUUUCUAUUCAUUAUAUUUUAUAACAAACAAAUUUUGUAAAGAAAUAAAUUAUUCUUGAGUU